AUGGCUUCCCAGGACACGCUCCGGGAACCGGGGCAAUCUUCCGCUGGCAUGAAGAACCGCAGCGUGAGCCCAUCCCACCAUCCUUAUAAUGACCCCUCCGCGGGCUUGACCUUGGACGUCUCGGUCGCAACAAGUGCUUCUCCUUACAACACCGCUUCCUUCAACCCCUCCAACCCUGGCGCCUCCGACUCCUACGGCUAUAACCCCGCUAGUUAUCUCUCCGCACCCUCCGCCGCGCAGACGCUGGGCCCGACCGACCAGACCUACGCGCACAACCUUCAGCUGCCACAAUCGUUUGAUCCUACCCUCCUCUCUCAGCUGGACCAAUCGACGGGGUUGUCCUUGCAGCAGCAACAGCAGUCGGACGAGAACUUCCAAAACCUCCUCAACUCGAACCCGGGCGACUUCGACUUUUCCCUCUACCAGAACCCCAGCCCCAGCAGCACUGCGGCACCGGACUACGACUCCCCGCUGCUCCUCGAUCCCCAGGUCCACGGCCAGUCCCAACCAGGCUGUCAGGCUGUCAACCCAGCCGACCUCGUCAGCCAGAUACCCUCUCCUCAUCCUUCGGCUUCUCCCCAGCUGUCUCCCAUUUCGCCGCAAGAUCAUUACCACCGCUCUUCUCCCGGGCCCAUGUCGCCGCCGAACUCAACCCCGGGGACAUACUAUACCCCGCAACACUCCCGUCAUACCUCGUUAGAUCCUGCCACUGCCGCAUAUCUCACGGGAAAUGUGCACCAUGACUGGCAGGCGGUCAUGGCCAAUUCCGCCUUCCAGGGACAUCGACGGGCCCCCUCUGAGGUGUCCGAGGUCUCCUCUGCGGCCCCGUCCCCGUACAUGUCGCAGCAUGAAUCCUUCGAUGGCGUGGAUAACAAUCCUUCCCCGCUCUUAGCGCCCCAAAAUGAUCCUGGCCUCUACGACAAUGCAUUGGGGAUUGAAUCCUUCACUCUGUCCGAAAACCAGCAGCAGCAUCAACAGCCAGCCUUCAGUCCGGGCCAGAGCCCGUACAUCUCGCCGCAGUUGAUGCCCCAGCAGGGCACGGAGAUGAUGCCCAACGUACCAUACAUCUCGCCCCCGGCGGUGAAUACGCAGUAUCCAACACCGCCGACAGACAUCUACGCCGAGAGUAUGGCACAGGGAAACAAUAUUCCUGGUGACAUUGGCCAGGCGUCGCAAAUGGCGCCCCCGUCCAUCAACGUGGAGUUUGCACCCCCGUCAAAGAACCCGAAUAUCCUUCAAGCCAAGCCUGCUGCCAAUCUAGACUCGCUGAGCCCGCCUGUCGCCAUGCGCUCCCGCAUGCGCAGUAAGUCGGACCCGUAUGCCCACCCGGCUUCUCGCGCCCGGUCUUCUUCAACCUCGACCAGUUUGGAACCUUUUAUCCCUCCAUCGCCGCGGUCGCUCUCCCCAUUCGACUCCGCGCCACGACAGCCUCAGAGUAACCCCAGCUCCCGGGAGCCGUCUCCGUCGCGAUCUGGCCGGCGUCUGUCCACGUCCUCUAUUGAUAGUCGCAAUUACAUCCUUGGCCUCGCAGAUCCCCAACGGCCCGGGGCGACCCUCAACGACUCGAAACGUGUCCAAAAGCAUCCGGCGACAUUUCAGUGUCACCUGUGCCCCAAGCGUUUCACCCGGGCCUAUAACCUACGGUCACAUCUGCGCACUCACACGGACGAACGGCCGUUUGUGUGUACGGUAUGUGGGAAAGCCUUUGCGCGCCAACAUGAUCGAAAGCGUCAUGAGGGGUUGCAUUCGGGAGAAAAGAAGUUCGUCUGCCGUGGUGAGCUGUCCCGGGGCGGGCAAUGGGGUUGUGGCCGGCGAUUUGCUCGGGCAGAUGCUCUGGGUCGUCAUUUCCGGUCUGAAGCUGGUCGGAUCUGUAUCAAACCGUUGCUGGACGAAGAAUCCCAGGAACGCGAGCGCACCAUGAUGGACCAGCAACAGCAUCUACAGCCCAUGCCACCUCCGUUGAUGGUGCCGGCAAUGGAUGGCCAGCACGCAAGCAAUUUCAUCCUCCCCGCGGCGUUGCUGGCCCAAUACCCAGCGCUUCAGACCUUGCAAUGGGACCAAAUACCGGCCAAUGCAGACGAUCCGAGCGAUAUCGGAGGACGCAGCAGUUUCGACGCGAGCUCUGGCGGCGAAUAUGGCUUCGAUGACGAUGAGUCUGGCAUGAGUAGUGUCUCCGGUAUGAGCGGAGGCUAUUCAGGCAGCCAGGGCAAUAUCUAUGAUAUGAACGGCCAGGGUCAGAUGUUAGGGAUGAACCCGGGAGACACGAGUUAUCAGGAAACGGAAUGGAGAGGAUGA